UUUUGAACGAAGAGUGACUUUUACUCUUACUAAAUGUGCUUUGUUAAUAAUUUAAUCUUUACGUCUAUCGUCUCAUAUAAUAUUGCAUGUCCGUACACACAUGCAGUGAACUCGGGGAUCUACAAUUAUACUAUAAUUUAAGAAGAUCGAUCCUAUUGUUGUUUUAUGUGUAUUAUCUUUGGGUGGUUUCAAUGAGAUUGCAUGUAUGUGAACACGUAGAAGUAUACGAAUACGUAGCCUUGUGCGUACACAUGUAUAUGGAUAUGUAAGUACAGGUGUAUGUAAAAAUGAGAGAGAGAAUAUGGUCAAUGGUAAGAGAUGAUUUGCGGAGUGUGGGAAUGCUGGGCUUUGGGGAGUCAUUAAUCCCAUUAAACGAGGGACGUGAGUUCCAAUAAUCCAAGUGGGUAAUUUAGAGAGAGAGAGAGAGGUGAUUUUAAUUUUUCUUUUUUGCUUUUUAGAGAGAGAGAGAUUUAGGGUUUGGACUUUUUCUAGUUGGAAGCGUAGAUUUGUCUUAUUUACGACACUCGUGUCCCUAUUUAUUGCAAUAUCAUAUACAGAUCUGCCAAACAGAUUUUUUAUUUUGAACUAUAAAGAUGUGUAAUAUUUGUAUUAAUCUUAGUCACUUUGUGUGCCAACAUUAUUUUAAAGUCCGUUCAAUGUAUUAUUUUAUUUAUAAUAUGUGGUGGUGAAUAAUACUUAAUAAAAUUCUACUAUAUUUCUAUAUAUAUACUUGCGUCUUUUAUCGAAUGGUUGAUAAUUAAUUUACAUCAAUCCCUCCUUGAUGAGAUCAUAAAAAGAUUAAAAAAACAUUUAAAGCGAGCCAUGUAACAGGUUUAACUUUAAAAAACCUGUUUAGCUUCCUAAAAAUUAUCUUUAAGACAAACACAAAUCUUCUUCUCCUUUAUUUAAAACUUCAAAUACGAGAGAGAGAGAGAUAUAUAUAGAGUUUUUAGAGAGAGAAAGUAAGGCAGCGAUUUUGUUUGCAGCCAUUCUUAGAGAAAGCAGAACUAGAUCUCUUCCUCUCCUCAAUCCUUGACAAGUAAUCUCUCUUCAAGAUUUCUUCACCAAAUUUGCGACUCUUAAAUCUUUUGAUACGUUACUAAUUUAUGUUUGUUUCUUCUCAAUUCCUAUCAUUGCAGAUCAAAUAUACCUCACUGAUUUAAGCUUUGAUUCCAAAAAAAAAAGGGAAAUGAAUUCUAACAACUGGCUUGCUUUUCCUCUAUCACCAACUCACUCUUCUUUGCCUCCUCACAUUCACUCUUCACAAACUUCUCAUUUCAAUCUAGGUUUGGUCAACGACAAUAUCGACAACCCUUUUCAAAACCAAGAAUGGAAUAUGAUCAAUCCACACGGUGGAGGCGGCGAAGGUGGAGAGGUUCCAAAAGUGGCUGAUUUCUUAGGAGUGAGCAAAUCGGGGGAUCAUCAUCCCGACCACAACCUCGUACCUUACAACGACAUUCAUCAAACCAACGACUCAGACUACUACUUCCAAACCAAUAGCUUGUUACCUACAGUCGUCACUUGUGCCUCUAAUGCUCCUAAUAACUAUGAGCUUCAAGAGAGUGCUCACAAUUUGCAAUCUCUCACUCUUUCUAUGGGAAGUACUGGAGCUGCCGCUGCCGAAGCUGACACCGUGAAAGCCUCGCCGGCUGAGACUAGCGCCGAUAAUAGUAGUAGCACUACCAACACAAGUGGAGGAGCCAUCGUUGAGGCUACACCGAGACGGACUUUGGAAACUUUUGGACAACGAACCUCUAUCUAUCGUGGAGUUACAAGACAUAGAUGGACCGGUAGAUAUGAAGCUCAUCUUUGGGAUAAUAGCUGUAGAAGAGAAGGACAAUCAAGGAAAGGAAGACAAGUCUACUUAGGUGGGUAUGACAAAGAAGAGAAAGCAGCCAGAGCAUAUGAUCUAGCUGCACUUAAAUAUUGGGGUCCCUCUACUACUACCAACUUUCCGAUAACUAAUUACGAGAAGGAAGUAGAGGAGAUGAAAAACAUGACGAGACAAGAGUUUGUGGCUUCUAUAAGAAGGAAAAGUAGCGGAUUCUCGCGUGGUGCAUCGAUGUAUCGUGGAGUAACAAGGCAUCAUCAACAUGGAAGAUGGCAAGCAAGGAUUGGCCGAGUUGCUGGAAACAAAGAUCUAUACUUGGGAACAUUCAGCACGGAGGAAGAAGCAGCAGAAGCUUAUGAUAUAGCUGCGAUAAAGUUUCGAGGUCUAAACGCGGUUACAAACUUUGAGAUAAACCGUUACGACGUGAAAGCUAUCCUAGAGAGCAACACACUUCCUAUAGGAGGUGGUGCGGCUAAACGGCUCAAAGAAGCUCAAGCUCUAGAAUCAUCGAGAAAACGCGAGGAAAUGAUAGCCCUCGGAUCAAAUUUCCAUCAGUAUGGUGCAGCGAGCGGCUCGAGCUCUGUUGCUUCCAGCUCUAGGCUUCAGCUUCAACCUUACCCACUAAGCAUUCAACAACCUUUUGAGCAUCUUCAUCAUCAUCAGCCUUUACUUACUCUACAGAACAACAACGAUAUCUCUCAGUAUCAUGAUUCCUAUAGUUACAUUCAGACGCAGCUUCAUCUUCACCAACAACAAACCAACAAUUACUUGCAGUCUUCUAGUCACAGCACACAGCUCUACAAUGCUUAUCUUCAGAGCAACCCUGGUUUGCUUCAUGGCUUUAUCUCUGAUAACAACAACACUUCAGGGUUUCUUGGAAACAAUGGGAUUGGUAUUGGCUCAACCUCGACCGUUGGAUCAUCGGCUGAGGAAGAGUUUCCGGCUGUGAAAGUAGAUUACGAUAUGCCUCCUUCCGGUGGAGCUACAGGGUACGGAGGAUGGAAUACCGGAGAGUCUGUUCAAGGAAUGAAUCCAGGAGGUGUUUUCACGAUGUGGAAUGAAUAAAAGAUGAUAUUUCUGUGUUUCUUGCGAGGCAAGGUAGGGUAUGGAAUAAUUAGCUACUUUAAUUUCCAUAAGUAAUAGGAUCGGCUAGAGUCUUCUUGCUUAGUAGAGGAUUAAUGUUUUAUUUUUUACUUUUGACGGCGAAGGUGAUAAACCUGUAAACGGCGGUUAACAGAGUCCUCGAGGGUUAGUGUUUUUAUGGGUACUAUAGUAAGAUUAGAAAGUACCCAAAUUUUGUUUAAAAGCUAACCCUUCUGACUAAUUUCUCAAACUUGUAUUCUUAAUUUAUAAUUGAAGAUUUAUUGUUCCUAUA